AUGGAUGACGACUACGAAGACUUCGACUUUGACGUUGCAGCGGAAAGCAACAAGAAGUAUACUUUGUUCUGGAUAGAUGGUGGUGCCAAUAUGUUCGAAGGAGGAGCCGACUGUGAUUUCAAAAGAGCCGUAAAGGCUGUAUUCACCCAGCUAUUGAAGAUAGGAUGUUCGGGAUCACGAUCUCAUCGAUAUGGACUGUUUAUAGCGAAUACGGAAAAAUCAGAUACACAUAUGCCUGGGGCGGUAAAGAAUUGCGUGGAAUGGUUCGAUCUAAAAGUGCGAUCUGAGCACGAUUCAGGCGAAGAUCAACGCCGUGUCUGUACAUUGAAAGAGUUCAUCGAUGAAGAUGACAUCAAAGCCGCUUUCAAAAAGCGUUUUGGAGGACAUCGUAAAUGUGACUUGUCCACACUACUUUGGUAUUCCAGGAAAAUUUUCAUGGAAAUUUUAGAGUUUGUCCUGCAGUGCGGUAUCUUUAGGCAGGGAGUUUCUCAACGGCAACAGACUAUCGUCUACAUCACCAACGACACAAAUCCCUUUGAAGAGAACUGGGCUACACAAAUUGAAGGCUAUUUCACUCGAAUGAGGAAAGGAGUGUACUCAUUCCGUCAUCAGAGAGGCAAACGUACUGCAGGAGAGUUUUCAGUAGUACUACUGCGGAAAGAAGAUGAUGACGAUGAUGAGACGUAUGAGAAGGACACACGAGUCUGGCGGCAGUUGGAUCCAAAUAUCGGUGCGAGCAAGUCAAUUGAAGAUUUGGAAACCCAGUAUGCGUUAGCAAAUGAAGCUCGCCCUCCCCCCAAGGAGUACCUUGACUACGAAACAGAGAACCCGCUCGAGAAACGUCAAGUAUGGCUGCCACAUGAUAAUGCAUCACAACGGCAUCGUCACAUGUCAGGCGGAGACACCGAUGUUAAAGAUGAACCUAUUUCUGAUGUGCUGGAGGACACAAAAUGGCUUGAAAAAGAAGUAGAAGACCGUACUCGAGCUAAAUUCGAACUCAAAAAAGCCAUCAAACUUGGUGGAGAAUGUAUUGUGAGCGAGCAGUCCGAGAUUGAAGAGCUGGGAAGAUUUGAUGCCAAAGGUAUUGUACUAUUAGGCUUCAAACCGAUAUCCGAAAUAAACUUCGAGAAUCAUAUUCAGCCGUCGCGAUUCCUUUAUCCGGAUGAAAGUUCAGUCCUGGGAUCGGCAUGCCUUUACCGAGCACUGUUGGAACGAUGCUGGGCUAGAAAAAUGGCGAUGAUCUGUCGGUUCUGUUCAAGAGCAAAUCAGAAGGUUCGAUUGGUGGCACUGGGCUCGAAACAAGCAGUCAUCUGCAUGAACGGUACUCAAAAACUCGGACCCUCUUCUGCCAUUUUACCAGAAACACUCGGAACUUCUUUAAUUCUUUCAUCUGAACUUUAUAAUAAAACCUUCCGUAAGAUUGAGCUUUUUGAGGAUUUUCAGAAUCGUUUCGACACAAUUCGCGAGUACAACUUUGACGGAUUCCAUGUGGUGUUCCUACCAUUCGCAGAAGACAUACGUGACGUGUCUGAGAAAAUGAAAUGCCCUGAGGGGGAAUGGCCGAAACCAUCCGCCUCUGAUGUUCGGGUAGCAUCGGCAUUCGUCAAAAAAUUGACUGGAUCCUACGUUCCGACACAGUAUGAGAAUCCAAUACCCUACCAUGCUAGACCGGAAUGGGCUCAGCGUGUCAAAAAGGAGUCUGCCCACCUCAUCGAGCAUUUCCAUUUGGAUAAACUUGAGGAAUUGGCGCAGACUACUGGACGGAAAAGAGGUGCUGAUAGCAAGCCGGAUGCCGGUCGUGCGAAGACAGCGAAAACUGAUCACUCUGAAACUGAUCCUCGUGAUUUAGCUGCGAAAGGAAAGGUAACUUCUGUGGAAUAUUGUUCAGUUUCAUAUCUCAUGCUAUAA